AUGGAGUCCUCUACACGAGACCGACUGUGGCAGGCCGUGGAGCGAGGUGACUGCGAGCGAGUGCGGGAACUGUGCGCCAAAACUAGACGCCUGGACUUGAACGGGAUCUAUUCUACCGGCGACCGGGAUGAUUUGGGCUGUGAGGACACGCUGCUGUGCAGGGCAGCAGAACUCGGGCAGAUAAAGACAGUGAAGACGCUGGUGUCGGCCGGAGCGCUGGUGAACCAGCCCAGCGUGGUGGGCACACCUCUCUCCCGGGCCGUCAGCAGAGGACGACUCGCCACGGUCAAGUUCCUCUUACAGGACUGUCGCGCCGACCCUAACGUCCGGGACCGCUGCGGACAUUCCCCUCUGUACAGCGCCAUCGCUUUGCGGUGGUCUGCGCCAUAUGUCCGCUUACUGGUGGACUGCGGCGCUCACGUAAACGGGAGAUGCUCGUCCGGAUCGUCGCCUCUCCACUGGGCUAUCGUGGGAAAAGACCGUGAAACGGUGGAGAUACUGAUUAGAAGCGGCGCGGACGUGGAAAGUGUGGGGUACAGCGGUUUUAGCGUGCUGCACUGGGCGGUCAGGGCGAGAAACAUCUCCGCAGUGGGGAUGCUUCUGGAAGCCGGAGCAUCGCCGAACUGUCAAGACAUGUUCGGAGAAACACCGCUUCAUUGGUCAGCGAGGCAGCAAAAGACGGACAUCCUUAUCCUAUUGGUCGAAAACGGGGCAAAUAUGCAAAUUAGAAACAAGUGGGAAGAACGGCCGUACGACGUUGCGUUGCCAUUCAACAAGGAGCUAAUCAAGGUGUUGAUGGAAAAGCAUAUUGACUUCUAUGACAUCUGA